AUGAAGUACAAGGUCAGCCCAGAUAUGGCAGCUUCGCUUAUCAUCGGUCUCCUCGCGUUCUGGAUCGGUUUCACGACGUUCUUCACUGCCGCCGGGGCGAAUAUCUGGGGCAAGCGCCCGUUUUUCGUCAUCUCUGGCGUUAUCUUGCUGGCUACAAACGUUUGGGGUUACUACACCACUUCCUUCGUGUCACUGGCCGUCAUGCGAGUUGUUCAAGGUAUGGCUUCCGCGCCGCUCGAGACGCUAGUGACUUCGACUGUGUCGGACAUGUACUUCGUCCACCAGCGUGGCACGCGCAUCAGUAUCUGGGGCUGCAUGCUCGCCAGCGGUGUUCUUCUCGGUCAGACAAUCGCCGGUGCCAUCAUCGAGAACAUCUCCUUCGAAGCAACGUUUGGUAUCUCUGCGUUGAUCUUCAUCCCACUGCUCAUGGGAAUUUACUUCUUCGUCGUUGAGACAACCUACACCAAGCCCCGCCCUUCGGCCACCGUGACCAAAGAUGUAUACCCCGAAGAGAAGAGUGAUGCCACGUCGGAAACUAUUUCCUACCUCGGCAGCGAUGAGCCCAAGGAGACAUACGCUUCGCAACUUCGUCUCUUCCGCGGGCGCCUUAACGACGAGUCAUUUUGGAAGAAUGCAUGGAAGCCCGUCCCGCUCAUCGCGUACCCAGCUGUACUUUUCUCGACAAUCGUGUACGGCUCUUACUUCACGUGGCUCCUUGUCAUCUCUGUCUUGUCCGUCUCUGUCUUCAGCGCUCCCCCUUACGCCCUCGGUCCCGCACAAAUCGGGCUCACCAAUUUGCCCCUCCUGGUCGUCGGCUUACUAGGUUCACCACUUUCAGGCUGGGCAUCAGACGCUAUCGCAAAGUUCAUGGCACGUCGCAACAACGGCGUGUUCGAGCCAGAAUUCCGCCUCGUGCUCAUGAUUCCAGCCACCAUAUUCGCAACCAUUGGCUUCGUUGGUUUUGGCAUGUCCGCGCAACAGGGAGUGCCGAUUGUAUGGCCUGUCGUAUUCAUGUCGAUUCACUCUCUUUCCGUCCCGUUUGCGUCCACUGCGUCAUUGACAUAUGUUAUCGACUGCCAUCCCAAGGACGCGAACCAGGCUUUCGUCACCAUCAACUUUACAAAAGCAGUGUUCACGUUUGUGGCGACUACAUAUGCGAAUGGAUGGAUGGCACACGUGGGACCUCAGACUGUUUUCGGUACAAUUACUGGAGUGAAUCUGGCCAUUUGCGGACUGACGAUACCGGCUUAUGUGUUUGGAAAGAAGUUCAGAAGCUUGGUGGCGAGGAGCAGUUUCGGACAGAAGCUUUCUGGGUAG